UCAGGCUAUAUUUACUGUGCUUGAGCAGAUCAGCAGAAACACUCCGAGCAGCAGCAGGAUGGAGGGGUCAGAGGUCAGAGGUCGUCUGGACGUGAUUGAGGAGGAGGAGGCCGCUGAUGAAGACUCCAGCACACCUGAGGGGUUCACACACCUGAAGGAUGAUCUGUGCAGCUGCAGGGGUAAACUGAGCCAGAAGAUCGUGGAGAUGGAGAACUUCGCCAGCAACCUGGAGGAGAUCUUCGUCACUGUGGAGGAGAACUUUGUGCGUCAGGAGCAGCAGCUGGAGCAGCACUACGCAGAUGUUCUGCAGAGUGUGUGUGUGCGUGCGGAGGCGCGGGCGGCGUCAGUGUGUGAGCAGAAGAAGUGUAAGCUGGAGCGUCUGUACGGCGAGCUGCUGCGCUGCGGAAACACACUGCAGACCGCCAAGCUGCUGAUCCAGAGCGCGCAGACACUGCACCGCCGGCAGGACACACACGCCUUCCUGCAGGCCGUCAUGCCCGUCAUCAACAGAAUGGAGCAGUUCACCAGCGAGGAGGAGGAGGAGCUUCAGGUGGGCGUGUCUCUGGAGUUCCAGGUGCCGAGCACAGAGCUGUCCGAGGUCCGACAGAUGAUGGACUCCAUAAACGCUCUGCCAGCUCCCUCAGCUCCGGUUAUGAACCCGCAGAUCUCCAACUCUGCCACACACACAUCUCUGCACGUGUGCUGGAGUUUGUUCUCUGACGACACUGUGGAGUUUUACCUGCUGCACUGGAGGCUGAUCUCAGACGACUGCACCCUACAGACCCCGCAGGAGGUGUGUGAGAUGAAGGUGAAGGAGACGCACUGUCGAGUGUGUGAUCUGCUGCCGAAUGCGCAGUAUGAGCUGUGGGUGACGGCGACCAACACCAGCGGAAUCAGCCCGGCCAGCGAGAGAGCCGUCUACAUGACCGUUCCCUCUCCACCUGUGAUCCGGCCUCGGGAGUGUGUGAGCAGUCUGGACGCGGCGCUGAUCCGCUGGGACUCUGGAAACACAAACCCUGUGGAGUCAUACACACUGGAGCUGACGGAGGACUGCGCAGACGGAGACGGCGGCGCGAGAGAGUGUAUCGUGGCGAUCCCGUGCUGUGAGUGUGUGGUGCAGCUGCAGCCGCAGCGGAGCUUCAUCAUCCACAUCAGAGCCGUGAACACCGGCGGGCCGAGCCAGAGGAGCGAGCCCAUACACAUCAGCAGCACAGGUACCUUUUUCCACCUGCUGGAGGACACUGCCCACCCGAGCCUCUCUCUGUCAGCCGACGGCCUCAGCAUGUUCUACCUGGAUGAAGAUCUUCCUCUCAGUCACAUGACCUUCAGCGACAACACCUUCGCCAGGUGUGUGGCGGUUCUGGGGGCCCUGGUGCCCAUCAGGGGUCAGUAUUACUGGGAGGUGGAGGUGGAGUCCAGCACGGAGUACCGCAUCGGUGUGGCGUACGAGGACACACACCGCAACUCUUACCUGGGCGGGAACAACACGUCCUGGUGCAUGAGGCACACACUCACACCCUCCAGGCACAGGUAUGAGUUCCUGCACAGCGGCUGGUCUCCGGAUGUGUGUGUGACGGUGCCGGCGCUGCGGGUGGGCGUGCUGCUGGACUGCGCUGCGGGGACGCUCAGCUUCUGGAACGCAGCGCUGCAGCAGCUCCUGCACACCUUCAGCUGCAGCUUCCUGCACCGCCUGCAGCCCUGCUUCGCCCUCGACACGCCGGGAGCCAUGAGGCUGCACACCGGCCUGCCCACACCUGCGUACACACACACACGCUAGCAUAGACGCACUCAACACACACACACGCUAGCAUAGACGCACAAAACACACACACACGCUAGCAUAGACGCACUCAACACACACACACGCUAGCAUAGUCGCACAAAACACACACACACGCUAGCAUAGACGCACUCAACACACACACACACGCUAGCAUAGACGCACUCAACACACACACACGCUAGCAUAGACGCACAAAACACACACACACGCUAGCAUAGACGCACUCAACACACACACACGCUAGCAUAGUCGCACAAAACACACACACACGCUAGCAUAGACGCACAAAACACACACACACACACACGCUAGCAUAGACGCACAAAACACACACACGCUAGCAUAGACGCACUCAACACACACACACUGUGAAGAAACACACGUGGCAUCUGUGUGCUUAUCUUUAUUAUUCCAUAGGAACAGGUACACAGGUGUGUGUGUGUGUGUGUGUGUGUGUGUUAUAUACACGUGUGUGUGUCUGUGUUUCAUUUCAGACUGAGGAAUAAACAGCAGAUGAACACUGA